AAGAAAACGAGUAUGACAGAGAUUGCUUUAAGAUUUAUUUUUUUUAAAUCAGUAAUACGGUUCUUAAACAUUUGAGUUUAAUGUUGAAUAUAAAAAACAACAGUGUAUUGAAAUGGUUUUCUCAAAGCUGUCUUUAAACUGCAAGUGGUAGCAGAAAUCAAUCCAACACCGCUGGACAUCAUUUCAUGAACAAAAGACUCAAAACGAAUGGGAAGAUUCAAACUUAUUACUAAGGACAAUUCAUCUUUGCCUGUUUAAUGCAGCGAAUCAUUAAUAUUUUUUGGAUAAUUUUGCAUUUAACUUUUGAUGAUCCUCCAGACAGGUUUUGCAAUUGGCAGUGUUGGAAAUAAAAAUAUUAGUUGUGAAAAUAUGGCAUGUUUUUGGUUAAGAAUUCCUAUUUUGAACAUAUUGGAACAAAAGCAAAUAUUAUGUAUUUACAGCAUGUUCCCCAUGGUCAACAGGAAUUAUCGAAAUAAUUGUGAAUGCAACGAAACGACAAUGUUUUACCGAAUUAGAAAUAAUUAGAGUUUUGAGAUAAUUCCAGGAGGGGGCGCAAGUCUCCUGGCCAGACAAAAGGAACCGUGUAGUAGGGAAAGGGACGAAAAUUUAGCUCUGCUCGACAUUAUAUUGAAUGCAAGAACAAAAACUAUUUAAUAGCUCUCCGCAAUAUCCAACACAAAAAACAAUUUGAUUAUAAAAUCGCCAAAUUAAAACGAAACAUUUUCAUUACUUACUGCAUUUUUGAUGUCAAAUUCGGCAUGGUUUCAUGUUCACUCGUAACAUUUAUCCCAGAUAAACAACACAUAAAUCGGAAAACGUUAUUAUUAAUUAAUGGAGCUAAUUUAUUACCUUUCUCAAAAAUCUGCCAGACUUCCAACCUGUCCUUUGCUCAUUCAUUCCCCCCUCCCCAUUUCAAAAUUGUAUUUAAAAUCACUGAGGUGGUCUAACAACGUCUCAGCACACACACAUUCACAUAAAUAAAUUCAAACCGAUUAUAUUUGUUAGCCACAUAGGCAUAAUUCCAUCAGUUUAUAAUUAGAUGUAAACGAAUUACUAACACUAAUACCCUUUUAAUUCCACUGUAUCAUUACGGAUAUUUUUGAAAUUCACUGUGCCCUGCAGGGAGUUACGUGCUGGAAGCUAAAGAAUUUCCAUUGUUCGGUAGGAAUUAGGUUAUUAAAAACUGAGUGCGAGAUUGCUUCUGCGAAUCAAAGGAGAUGUACAGUAAUGGCAACAUUAAAGCAGUUUGUGGUUCAGCUGGAGCGACUUGCUUAAAUGGACAAGAGUCUGGCGCCUUCCACUGCCAUUACCGUUUUCACCAACAGUGUAUUAUGGUUUUGACUCGGUUUUUGUUUUAUUUUCAUAUUUACUUAAAUAUUUAGGCGAACAGUGCAGUGACUUGAAAUAGCUGUUCUCAAAUAAAAGCGGAGUUUGCAGGCGACUGUUAAGUUGUAUUAUUUAAAUAAAUGACGCCCAUCUUUUCCGUAUAACGUUGAUCUGUGUGUUGUAAAACCAAUUAGUUUCUCUCAGGAGCUCUGUAAUAGUUUGCUGUAGUUGUUCCGUUCUUUUAAGAAGGGAAAAAGAAUAUUAACGAAAAAUAAAUAACAUUUUGCAUAAAGUCGAUCCAAGGGUGCUAAUUUCAGAGAGUGUUUCAAGCUUGUAUUUGCAAGCUUGAAAAAGCUGUUUGCAGCACUUUUAGCUUAAAGGAUAAGUAAGAAGAGGCACAAUGAGAGCGGCAUUGUGUGCGCAGUCCAAUCCAGGUUUGUCCAGAGCUCCAUGCUUUGGGCACGAUCGCACACUCAGAUUUUUCAUUAUUCACCAUGCGUGCUCUGCACUUGGACAGCGAUUUCCUCCGUGAUUACGUGUGGCGCGUCUCCCUGCGGGAAAGCUCCCCCGUGGAGAGGUCCUGAUGGGUUUGGGCCUUACUUGAAUUUCCCAGCUUAUUAUGUGUCUGCACUGCGCGCUAACGCAGUUCCUAGGAAGCCAGCUCGUCCGCUCCCGCCACAAAGAGCCGGCUCUGCUGCCGGGCGCCAAAGCCGGACGGCGGUCAUGGCACAAAGCGGCGGCAGCUGCUGCCCGCCGCCACCGACACCCUGCUGAACAUCUGCGGCACCCUCUGGCAGCCCGGUGCCCCCCUGAAGCAAACAGCCACCUUGUUGUUUCUAUGUGUGUGCCGAGCAAGAGCGGAACGGGCCACUCUCGGGGCAAGAAAAACAAGGGGCGCCUGGCCGCGCCGUUACCACAUUUCUGGCUAAACAGGUGAUCCCGCCGCCAAGUUUUUGCCGCCGCUGUGGCGGAGGGAGUUGCACGUCAGGCUGGCUGUUGGUUUUGCGGGCGUCUUGUUUUGUUUUGUUCACUUUUCUCCUUUCUUUUCGGUUGUUUCUAAGGAUACUGCGUGCUCUUCGCUCAGUCCUCGAGGUCGCCAGCGUUGCUCGAAAGCCGGAGCUUUCAUCAUUUACUGGAUUUCGCGCAACAAUAGGAAAAAGGGCAGCGGCACAUUUCACACACCCCCCACCAGCGAGCAAUAAGCCUUUUGCAAAAAAAAAAGCAGCCCCCCGUCUCUCCCUCCUUCCUUCCACCUCCGCCCCCUCCUCCUCUCGGGUCCCGUAAAUAAUCACUUGUCUUCGUGCGGGCAGCCUGGAUCCUGCAUCCAAAUCCACCAGUUGCAAAGAAGUUGUGUGUGGGUGUGUGUGUGUGUGUUGGAAACAAGAGGAAGGGGGGGGGGGAAUAAACACUUGACUGAAAUCUAGUUUUAGCACCACCGCGAACAAAAAAAAGUACGAAGGAGACGUCACACGUAGUCCACUCCGAGAGGUUGAAGUUGCCGCAUUGCAACGGGCAGGAGGAGGGAGAGAGAGAGAGAAACAGGAGAUUGAUGUUUGGAGCUCCGGUCACUGGCCCGGACAGCGGCGCCCAGGCAGUAGCUUCUUCCAGGAGAGCGAGGGACUGGACAUGUCCAGGCGAAAACAAUCCAAGCCUCGGGCUGUUAAAGUUGAAGAAAGUGAAUCUUCAGAAUUUGACUUAAAUUGGGACUCAACAACUGUGCAAACAGUAUUUUCUGCUUCAUCAGCAGGAGCCUCAGGAGGAGACCAGGAGUAUGAUACCAAGGACGGACAACUGUUGGAAGACAGACACAGCAUGACCAGUCAGGAAGAGAGAAACGAAGAUGAUGAAGACAUGGAAGAUGAAUCAAUUUACACCUGUGAUAAUUGUCAGCAGGACUUUGAUUCACUGGCUGACUUGACUGAACAUAGGGCACAUCGCUGUCCUGGAGAUGGUGAUGAUGACCCACAAGUAUCAUGGGUGGCUUCAUCUCCCUCCAGUAAAGAUGUUGCGUCACCUUCUCAGAUGUUAGGAGAGGGCUGUGAUCUUGGCCUUGUGGAUGAAGAAGGAGGGACUGGUUUGCCUUAUCCAUGCCAAUUUUGUGACAAAUCUUUCAGCCGUUUAAGUUAUCUUAAGAGGCAUGAGCAAAUCCACAGUGACAAACUUCCGUUCAAGUGCACAUUUUGCAGCCGUUUAUUCAAACAUAAACGAAGCCGUGACCGUCACAUCAAACUUCACACUGGAGACAAAAAGUACCACUGUCAUGAGUGUGAGGCAGCUUUUUCUCGCAGUGAUCAUCUCAAGAUCCACUUGAAAACUCACAGCUCAAGUAAGCCAUUCAAAUGUACAAUUUGCAAGCGUGGGUUUUCUUCUACUAGUUCAUUACAAAGUCACAUGCAGGCCCAUAAGAAGAACAAAGAUCAUGUUGCUAAGCUCGAGAAGGAGAUGAAGAAGGAAGAUGUUGUCUGUGAUUAUUGUGAUGAGACAUUUAAUCAAGCUGAAGACUUAGAAAAACAUAUGGCAACUAAUCAUCCGCAGAUUUGUGAGAAAGCAGAGUUGCAGUGCAUCCAUUGCCCUGAAGUAUUUGCUGAAGAAAAUGCAUUAAUCAGUCACAUUGAUCUAGCCCACGGGAAUAAGAAACAUAAAUGCCCAAUGUGCCCGGAACAGUUUACUACGGUAGAAGAGGUCUAUUGCCACUUGGAUAGCCAUAGGCAACCAGAUUCCAGUAAUCAUAGCAUAAGUCCUGAUCCUGCUACAGGAAGUGCUGCUUCAAUGAGUAGCACAACUCCUGAUUCUAGUGCUUCAGUAGAACGUGGUUCCACACCUGAUUCGACUCUAAAGCCAUCCAGAAGUCAGAGAAAAUCUUCAGGAUCUUUGGAAAGAGAAGGAAGGCAAAACUCUUGGUCACCAAAAGUCACCUAUAGCUGUCCGUAUUGUUCUAAGCGUGAUUUUAGUAGUUUGGCUGUCCUAGAAAUUCAUUUAAAAACCAUUCACUCGGAUAAACCUCAACAAAGUCAUACAUGCCAGUUCUGCCUUGAUUCCCUUCCCACUUUGUAUAACUUAAAUGAGCAUGUCCGGAAAGUACACAAAAAUAAUGUUUUUCCAGUAAUGCAGUUUACCAGCGCAUCUACAUUUCACUGCAACUAUUGUCCAGAGAUGUUUGCAGAGCUAAAUAGUUUGCAGGAACAUAUACGAAUUUCACAUUGUGUCCCAAACGCACUUUCUCAAGAUGGAAACCAUACUUUCUUCUGUUCUCAUUGCUCACUGGGAUUCCUGACAGAAUCUUCACUUACAGAACACAUUCAGCAAGCUCACUGUAACGUAGGAAAUCCAAAGCUAGAGUCACCUGUAUUACAGGCAACACAAUCCUUCAUGGAAGUUUACUCUUGUCCUUAUUGUACCAAUUCACCCAUUUUUGGCACCAUCCUUAAGCUCACAAAACAUAUCAAGGAAAACCAUAAGAACAUUCCAUUAGCAAACAGUGGCCGAAAAUCAAAGUCAGAGCAAAGUCCUGUUUCUUCUGAUGCAGAGGUAUCUUCUCCUAAAAGGCAGAGGUUGUCAGCAAGUGUACCUUCCCUAUCAAAUGGCGAAUAUCCAUGCAACCAAUGUGACCUUAAGUUCUCCUCAUUUGAAAGUUUCCAAAGCCAUUUGAAGUCACAUUUGGAAAUUCUUCUAAGGAAGCAGUCAUGUCCUCAAUGCAAAGAGGAUUUUGAUUCUCAGGAGAGUCUUUUACAACAUCUUACCAUACACUACAUGACAACAUCAACUCAUUAUGUCUGUGAGAGCUGUGACAAGCAGUUUUCCUCAGUGGAUGAUCUGCAGAAGCACUUGUUGGAUAUGCACACUUUUGUGCUGUACCACUGCACAUUGUGCCAAGAAGUGUUUGAUUCCAAGGUUUCCAUACAAGUGCAUUUGGCUGUGAAGCACAGUAAUGAAAAGAAAAUGUAUCGCUGCACAGCCUGUAAUUGGGAUUUUCGAAAGGAGGCAGAUCUUCAGCUUCAUGUCAAGCACAGCCAUCUGGGCAAUCCAGCUAAAGGUCGCAAAUGCAUAUUCUGUGGUGAUACAUUCAGUACUGAAGUAGAACUACAAUGCCAUAUCACAACACACAGCAAAAAAUACAACUGUAAAUUUUGCAGUAAGGCCUUCCAUGCCAUUAUUUUAUUAGAAAAGCACUUAAGAGAGAAACAUUGUGUGUUUGACAACAAUAACCAAAAUGGUACAGCAAAUGGCAUUGCACCAUGCAAUAAGAGAGUGGAUACUGACUUGCAGAACAUACUGAUGAAGAACCAGGAAGCUCUAAACAGCCAUGAAGCUAGUGAAGAUGAUAUUGAUGCCUCAGAGCCUAUGUAUGGCUGUGAUAUCUGCGGUGCGGCAUAUACUAUGGAGGUGCUUCUUCAGAAUCAUAGGUUGAGAGACCAUAAUAUUCGACCUGGAGAAGAUGAUUGUUCACGGAAAAAGGCUGAAUUCAUAACCGGAAGCCAUAAAUGCAACAUCUGUGCAAGGACUUUUUUUUCAGAGAGUGGUCUCCGAGAGCACAUGCAGACCCAUCGAGGACCUGCAAAACACUACAUGUGUCCCAUUUGUGGUGAGAGAUUCCCUUCACUUCUAACACUGACUGAGCACAAGGUCACCCACAGCAAAAGUCUUGAUACAGGAACUUGCAGAAUUUGCAAAAUGCCACUGCAGAGUGAGGAGGAAUUUAUUGAGCAUUGUCAGAUGCAUCCAGACCUGAGAAACUCUCUAACGGGUUUCCGUUGUGUAGUUUGCAUGCAGACAGUUACGUCUACUCUUGAGCUGAAAAUUCAUGGAACAUUCCAUAUGCAGAAACUGUCAGGAAACUCUGCAUCAUCAUCUCCAAGUAACCAGAGUCAUCAGAGGCUCUACAAGUGUGCUUUAUGCCUGAAGGAGUUUAGAAGCAAACAGGACUUGGUGAAACUUGACAUCAAUGGUUUGCCAUAUGGCUUGUGUGCAGGUUGCAUGAACAGAAGUACAAAUGGCCAGUCUGCAAAUGUAAUUCAGCAGGAAACCAAUGAAAGAACCAGUGCCAACCUUCGGUGUCCUGAUUGUGCAGUUAAGUUUGAAACUGUGGAAGAUCUGGAGAGUCAUAUCCAGAUAGACCAUAGGGAAAUGACACCAGAGACAAGUAGCCAGAAAAAGUCAUCCCAGGCAUCACCUGCUCCCAGGAAGAAGACAUACCAAUGCAUUAAGUGCCAGAUGACUUUUGAGACUGAACGGGAAAUACAGAUACAUGUUGCAAAUCAUAUGAUUGAGGAAGGAAUCAAUCAUGAGUGCAAACUGUGUAACCAGAUGUUUGACUCACCGGCAAAGCUGUUAUGUCACCUGAUUGAACACAGUUUUGAAGGAAUGGGAGGUACUUUUAAAUGCCCAGUUUGUUUUACAGUCUUCGUGCAGGCAAACAAACUACAGCAACAUAUCUUCGCAGUACAUGGGCAAGAAGAUAAGAUUUAUGACUGUUCACAAUGUCCACAGAAAUUCUUCUUUCAGACUGAACUUCAGAACCACAUGAUGAGUCAGCACGCACAGUGAGGUGUCAGCACUGCGAGACAUAUUCUCUGCAGAAGACUCGACAGAGACACAGUGGGAGAGAACUUUUGAACAUUACAUCCAAUCAAAGUGUCAUUUGAAACCCAGAUGUAAAACUAAUGAUUUGGCCAUGAGGCACUGCUAUUAUAAGCAGUUUGAAAUGAAUAUUAAUGUAACAGAUUAAAAGUAUUCUAUGCUCAGUAUUUUUCUGUCCUGCCUUUAAACUAGUGAGUUCACAGCUUUUGCUUCUAAUCAGAGUUAUAGUGUGUUAGAAACAUCAGCUUUGUUGCUGUUGUCCUUUGUUGCUUAAUGUAGUGAGCUAAUAGGUGUCAAGAUAACUAGAUGUAUUUUGUUAAUACUUGCUUUUAAAUGCAGAAUUAGCCAGUUGUGAUAACUGUGAUGUGCUAGUUUGCCAUUGUCGGAAUAUUUUUUUUCUCUUUUUUUUGUCAAAGAAGAAUGUUUUAAUUUGGAUUGACCAGUUCACAGUACAAUGAGAAACUAUGUAAAGAAAAUCAAUGAUUACGGUGAAACUGGGUGGUGUUUGCUUCUAAAAUGUGAUUUACCUGAUUGCAAUAACUAGGACAGUAUAAUAAAGGGAAACCACGCACUUAAUUUCUGUUUGUAUC